AUUUACAUUAGUUUUACUUCACUUGAGAAAUUAUCAUUAGUUAAUUACUUAUUCAUUGUUAACGCUAGACUUCACGAAAAGGUGAGAAGAGAGGAAAAAAACAACGAAAAGCUGUGUUAGCCGCUGCUAUUGCUACAAUGAGGCAAGAAAUAAAUGAAACUUUACAAAUCUCAGAGGGAGGUUCAAAUUCUCCCAAAGCAUCUGCUAGUAGAGGAACUGAAGAUGCAACAAAUUCAGAACUUUCAAACAGAAAACCAAGAGGUAAGGCAAAGGCAUUGGACAAAGGAAAAGUAAUAGAACCUAUUGAAGUAGAAUUCAAUGAAAGAAGUCAGCCUUAUGGGAAACAUGCAGCUGGAUUUGCUACUUUCCUUGGGGUCACAGCAAGAGAAUUAGUACCAUUAACAAUUCCAUCUUGGACUGGAAAAGCGAUCUCAGAUAAAUUCAAAACUCAAAUUUGGCAACACAUCACUACUUAUUACAUUGUGGACGAGUGUCACAAGAAAGCAAUUUUCCAAAGAAUGGCUAAGCUUUGGCGAGAUUAUAGAUGCUUGACAUUAAAAGAAGUACGAAAGCAAGCUGAAUCGGUAGGCCUACAAACAGCUGCUGCCAUGUGCAAACCUGAUAAUAUACAUUCUAUGGAUGCGUCGUUAAGUUUUAUCAAAUCUAGAAUUACUCCAGCCUUUAUGGAAAAGUGUGAAAAGUUUAAACGGAUGAGAGAACAGAAAACUUUACUUCAUAGGACAAGCAGAAAAAGUUUUGCUUGCAUUGAGGAUGAGUUGGUAAGACUGAACAAAAUUGCACAUGUUCUAUGA